AUGGAGUUGAUGUACGCCUAUAAGGAAUCCGUUGAAGCUGCCAACGCCAGACUCGUGGAAUUGGAGAAGAGCAGAGUUGAAAUAAUCUGCGACACCAGACUAACGGUAACCAAGUGUGAUGAGGUGGUGAGCGAUUCGAUGGCCGAACUCAUUAGUCAUCUAUUCGUCACUCGAACCAAAAUGCUAAAUCAGUUUAAUCGAUUGGAAGCCAAAGCCGACUUUAAUACCAACUCAUUUCUCUCUUCCUUUCUAACUAGCACUAAAACUGGUUUUUACGUUUGCGUUUGGGUAAAGGAGAAUUUUAAGAAAACUCAAAUUCUCCUACUUCCAUUCAAAAGAGCCGAUGUAAGCUAUAGAAUGGAGGGGAAAAUUAGAGGAGACGCUGCAUUUGGCAAAUUUGUCUCCCGAUUCGCCCAACUCUACUCCAAAGACACAACAGAAACGACUGACGGCGUUUUCGCCGAAAUAACUCCCAUUGAUGUCUACUAUGAUCUUAAUCCAGACGGGACUUCCGCACCCCUCCCCCUUCCUCCUUCCCCAACCCCAGAAUCUGGAGCAGGGUGA